UUAAUAACAUUUAAGAAUUAUCGAUUUAGCAACUGCAUACUUAUGACAUAUAGAUGAAUAUUUGUAUUUCAAGCAAAUUGUCUUAAAAUAGCAGCCAGGAUCUCAUCUAACCAAACAAAAAGACGCCAAGCAAGCCAAUGAAGUAAAACCGCAGAAAGCUGUAAAAGAAUAUUGCUUUAAUAAAUUUCUAAGAAAACCCAUAUUUACCUGAAAUGCUAGUUGAGGUCCUUCCUGUUUCUCAUGUUUCGAAUCGUUGUGAAAUAAUUUAUCAGCUAUAAAUUAUGUCAAAUUGGUUUAAGAAAACUUAAUUCUGUGUUGGAUCAAAAAUCCACAUAUUUUGGACAGAAAGCCUCAUUUACUAAUCAGACACUUAAAAGUACUGCUAAAAAGGUCCGAAUCUUAAUGAAAAUAUUUGAAUGAUAAAAGA